AUGGAUUAUACAGCAUUGAAGGUAGCCAUAGGCUGUAUAGCAGUUCGUUUGGCUGUGAGCAGCCUUUUCCCCUCUCUACAACAACAAUUGGACCAGUCCGUAGAAUUUUCAACUCCCGUAACCUCCUUUAGGUCAUUACAGGAAGGUAUAUACUUACUGCGGAACAAUAUUCAAGUAUACAAUCACGGGGUUGUCCACCAUCCUCCAAUUUUAGUUUUCUUUUUAUGUCUAUUCAAUUCCGACACGUUAGUUUCCCUCAUAUACGCUUUAAUUGAUGGGUUGAUUGCGUACCAGCUAACGGAGGUGACAAAAGUUUUCAAGAACUUAAAGGUGAAAAGUUGGCUACCGGGGGUCCUCUAUGCUGUUAACCCUUUAGUUCUUUUAUCGUGCAUUAGUCGUUCAUCAGUCAUAUUUACAAAUUUUGCCAUUUCCUCGUCAUUAUAUUGCAUAUUAGUCGACGGUAACGUCAUUUUAUCCUCUGUUAUGAUUACCGUAUCAGGAUACUUGUCACUGUACCCUAUUCUGCUAUUGAUUCCUCUAUUAGGUAUGCUUAAGAAUUGGCGACAAAGAAUGUUCUCUGUCGUCACUUCCAUAUUAUCUUUAAGCAUUCUGUUAUUAUUUAGCUACAAUAUUUUAGGCAGCAAAAGUUGGUCUUUCUUGACGCAAGUGUAUGGAUCUAUUAUAAACUUCGAGAAGGUUUUCCCAAAUUUAGGUUUAUGGUGGUACUUUUUCAUUGAAAUGUUCGACACCUUCAUACCAUUCUUUAAAGCUGUAUUCAAUAUUUUUAUUGCUGCAUUCAUAACACCAUUUGCUGUGCGCUAUCAUAAGCAGCCUUUUUAUGCAUUUAUCUUGUGUAUUGGAUGGAUUGCUUUAACAAAACCAUAUCCCUCCUUGGGCGAUGCUGGUUUUUUCUUCAGUUUCUUACCUUUCUUCACCCCUCUAUUUGGCUAUUUAAGGUAUCCUAUUAUAUCUGCAUUACUCUUUUUACACGCAAUUGUUUUGGCUCCGAUUUUCUAUCACCUAUGGGUUGUUUUAGGAUCAGGGAACAGUAACUUUUUCUAUGCUAUUUCCCUUGUUUAUGCUCUGGCUAUAGCAUCUAUUUUGGUUGACCUGAACUGGGCAAUGCUGAGAAUUGAAUAUGACAACGGUGUACCCAAUAUCAAAUUGAAAGUAACACAAAUCUAA